UAAGUAGCUCUGUGUAUUAAAUGCUGCAGCUAAGCAGCCCACCCACCUUUCUUCUCCCCAAAUUCAAUUAGUUUUCCCUUUAUUCAAAUGGCCAUUUCCACCACCUCCAUCCUCCGCCUCUCCCGAUGUCCACCACUACCGUCCCCACCAGGCCCUCUUCACUCUCACAAAACCUCAGUUCCAUUGGCCUUGGUUACGCCAUCGCCUUCGCCCUCGGCUUCCUCGUCUUCUUCUCCACAAUUCUCCUCGCCUCUUACAUCUGCUGCCGCUCGGUGGCUGAUCGCCGCCGCCGCCGCCUGGCUCGGAACCAAAAUCCCGAUAACUCCAACGACAACAGCAUAUACCUGCCCAGAAUAAUCUUCGUUGCCGAGGACGAGGAAAGUGACGCGCAAAACGCCGUUGCGGGGCUCGAUCAGGCCGUUAUCAACUCGUACCCCAAUCUCACACCUUAGCAUAGCAGAGAUAUAUCAUCAAAAUCUCCAGCUUCAGUGUUAUUGAGGGCAGAUAUGGCUAAGGUAAGUGUCUUAAAGAAGUUUGGGUCAUGGAAGGGGAUGCACAGAUUGGUUAUUUGUGUUGGUACUCUUGCUAUUUUGGUCUGUAUUGCCACCUUGUCCAAAGCCUACUCAUUAAGGUCUUUUCUAGUUUCUGAUACUUCGUGCAACUACAGAAACAUAGUUGCUCCUCGUACAAACGAAAGAGAGAUAAAAGAAACUGUUGGCAUAGUCAUCCACAGAAUCCAACAACAACUUGAUCAGAUGAGAGAUUCACCCCAUGAAUCGGUCCCCAAAACCAAACACGCUUCUUUUCUUGCAGACAUUUUGGGACUUAUUGAGACAGUCCAAGAAUCUCUGUCAGGUACAGAGGAAUCUCUUCAAGAAAACGGUCCCCUGAAUCGUCUGUCGACAUCUGACCACCAUAAAGAAGAAGCUUCCGAGUAUUUCUUGACAGAAGAAAUCCGGAAAUACAUCAGAAUCAAGCCUAACAGGCUCGGAAAACAGAACUUCAUGGGGGCCAACGGCACGUUCACGAGCAUUGGACAUGCCUGUUUUUCCAUGAGAAAAGAGCUGGAAGAGUACAUGGAGUACGAUGUAGGGGAUAUAUGCAACGACGACUGGAAAUUAGCCCAGAAGUUGAUGGUUCACGGCUGCGAUCCGUUGCCAAGAAGGAGAUGUUUUGCAAAAGCUCCUCAGUUUUACACUAAGCCUCUGCCCAUAAAUGAGUCUUUAUGGGCACUACCUGAUGACAAAAACGUCCGUUGGAGCCAGUACAGAUGCAAGAACUUCACUUGCCUUGUGGGAAAUAGUACUGCAAAGGGGUUCUUCAAAUGCUCAGAUUGCUUCAAUCUCAUCAACCAUGAGUCCCCGAGAUGGAUUAAACCAGUCUAUCAAGAUCCCAACUCGAAUUUGACCUCAGAUUUUCUGAUAACUGAAGUUCUUGAUCUGAAGCCUGGAGAGAUCAGGAUUGGGUUGGAUUUCAGUGUUGGCACUGGAACUUUUGCUGCUAGAAUGAGGGAACGCAAUGUGACUGUAGUUUCUGCCACAGUCAAUCUUGGGGCGCCAUUUAGUGAAAUGAUUGCCCUUCGUGGGCUGAUCCCACUGUACUUGACUGUAAAUCAGCGGCUUCCGUUCUUUGACAACACACUGGAUUUGAUCCACACGACAAGGUUUCUGGAUGGAUGGAUCGAUCUGGUGCUGCUGGAUUUCGUGUUGUAUGACUGGGACAGAGUUCUGAGGCCUGGAGGGCUUCUGUGGAUAGAUAGCUUCUUCUGUCUGAAAGAGGAUUUGGAUGACUACUUAGCAGUGUUUAAGAUGCUCAAGUACAGGAAACAUAAGUGGAUUAUAGUUCCCAAGUGGGAUAAAAACAACGAUCGUGAGGUGUUCUUUUCUGCUGUGAUGGAGAAGCCACCAAGGCCAUUUUGAUGAUCAUUCAACUAGUAAUACAGAUAAAGAAAUCUGCAAAGCGUGUAAGUUCUUCUCAUCUCAUUUUGUGCUGACUUGAGCCGGAGUUCAGAUUUGACUCCUGACAGGUGUUUUAGUUAGGGAAGUAUAGGGUGUGUAUUAGGAAAUCUCUGCGCCGGCUGAGAAGAGCAGGAUUUAAGUACAAGAACAUCUACACUCUUUUGGGCUUCCAAAGGUGGUUUCAUUUGAUCUAUUAUUUCCAGAUUGAAAAAUUAUUAUUCAGACUAUGUUUUUAACCAACCGAAUCACAUAACGAGUUGUCGUGUAAUUGACCCAUUUACCUCAACUGUAUCCAUCAUGUGAUACAUGUCACACUGAUGAAGUUGGAAAUUGAGUUAAUAUUUGAUGCAAAAGUAUGUUUUGGUCUUGCCCUUUAUUCCAACCAGAAAUAACUAAAAGCACUUAGUUUCUCCACCAAUUGUUGAAUUUCAAGGACAAAACGAAGUUCAUGUCGGAAUUUGAUAUAUGUCUUAGAAACAUGCGAAUCCACCCGUCCCACACUGCAUGUGCAUGCUUCCCCUUUUCAAAAAGCGCAGUUAGGCAGCUACUGUGAUGGAUCAUCCCUUUUUCGUUGGCACAACCCCAAUCUCUCUUACCAUUACUUUUUCCAAUUAAAUCAU